AUGUCUAAAUAUAAUCAUUGUUUAGAGAAAUAUCCAUUUUUAACACAAGGCUUGUCUGCAUCAUUUCUAUUUGGAUCAGGUGAUUUUAUAUGUCAAAAAUUAGAAGGUACAACAUCAAUUGAUUAUAAUAGAAUUACUAGAAUGGUUUUAUAUGGUAGUUUUGUAUUUGCACCUUAUUUAGAUAUACCAGAUGCUAAAAGAAUUAAACAAAUAGAAAGUUUAAUACAUUCUAAAAGUAUUACAAGUACAAUUAAUGUACAAUCUAAUACAUUACAUGAAGCCUUGUGGACAUGUCAACAUUUAUUUUCACUUUCUAAUGCAAAUUCUAAAUUAGGAUUUAAACGUAUAUUUUUAUUUACAAAUGAUGAUAAUCCACAUAGAGAUGAUCAAUCAUCAAAAUUAAAAACCAUUGAACGUGGUAGAGAUUUAAUGAAUAGUGAAAUUGAAAUUCAAUUAUUUUCAUUAAAAAUACCAGCCAAUACUUUUAAAUUUGAUUUAAUUUGGAAACAAUUAAUUCAUGUUAGUGAUGAUGAUUAUACUGGUAGAAUACAAUAUGAUUGUCUUGAAAAUGGUUUAAAAGAAUUAAAAGAUAAAAUUAGAAAGAGAGAAUUUAAAAAGAGAGGUAUUACUUCAAUUCCAUUUAUUAUUGGUGAUAUUAAUAAUAAUAAUAGUAAUAAUUCUAUAAUUUUAAAUUGUACAUUAUAUUCAUGUAUUAGUAAAACUAGAAAACCAGCAGCAGUUCAUUUACAUUCAGAUACAAACAAGUUAUUAAAAUGUGAAACUAAAUUUAUAUGUCAAGAUACAGGUACUGAAUUAAUGAGAAAUGGUAAUAAUAUUUUACAAAAUGAAUUAUCUUCAACUACUACUACAACUACAACUAUUAAUAAUAAUAAUAAUAAUAAUACAACUAGUAGUAGUACCAAUGAAUUUACAAAUUCAUCAUCAUCAUCCAAUGAUAUGAUAUAUUAUUAUGAAUAUGGAGGACAUAAAUCAGAAUUUACACUUGAAGAAUUAACCAAUAUUAAACAAUUAAAAAAUAUUACAAAGAAAUUAACAAUAGAUUUUAAUCCACAUGAAUUUACAAAUCCAUCACUUCAACAAUUUUAUCAAUCAUUACAAGCAUUAGCUUUAGAACAUUCAAAUAUUGAACAAAUUGAAGAUGUUUUAAAACCUGAUAAGGAGGGUAUGAAGAAGUAUGAAAAUUUAAUGAAUGAAUUUAAAGAUAUGAUAUUCCCUUCUGAUUAUGAUCCUGAUUCUAAAAAGUUGACAAAAUCAACAACACGUACUUCUUCUUCAAAGGUUAAGAAGGAAGAAGAAGAAGAAGCAACAACAGCAGCAGCAGACUCUCAAGAUGUAUCUGAAUCAACAUCUAAAAAGAAAACUGCAACACGUAAAAAGACUAAUGAUUCCAAGAAACGUAAAAAGGCAGAAGAAUCUGAAGAGGAAGAAGAAAAAAAGCCAAAGAAAAAGAAGGCUGAAUUAUCUGAAUCUGAUGAAGAAGAAGAAGAAAUUGAUAUGGUACAAUUAAUUAAAGAUGGUAAAGCAGAUAAAUUGAAAGUAGAUAUUUUGAAAGAAUUUUGUAAACAAUACAAAUUGAAAGUGAGUGGAAGUAAGAAGGAUUUAAUUGAAAGAAUUACUGAAUUUUUGAAAAAGAAGAAAAAGAUUUAA